UAUCUUGUGGUAAUUUUGGGACUCAGAAGGGUUUAUUGCUUAACUAAGUGCGUUCACCAACCAUUGAGGGUUCACUGGAUUGCUUCCAACAGACAAUGAGAACACCACCUUCUGCAUUCAAAAAGCUCUCCCAGCUGGUACACGAGUGAAAGGAAUGUAGAGAAUAAGGUAGUAAAUGCCACUAUAAGACAGCGUUUAAUAAGAGAAAUCGAGAAAGCCCGAGGGGGUGGCGAACAAUUCCUCCAUCAUGAUGAAAAGCCUCUCCAUAAAUAGCAAUGCUGAACGCGAUGGCCACAAACACCGGCAGUUAAACCCAAUUCUGACAUUCAUCCUUGAAUUCGGCCCAAAGCCUGAAUCAUUCCGUAAUUACCGAGGUAAUGGCGUCUGGCAGGCGUGAGCAGGGCUUUAUAGUCCGGCAAGACCGUUGUUAUCAGUCGGAUCCGACUGAUCCGAACAAUCUCCGCCACGUUGCAGACCCACCGUUCUCCGUCGCAUAUGAAAACAGGAGUCGUGCCAUCUGCCAUUCCUUCAUUUAUCUGUAUCUCCUUUCGUCGUUCCCGGCCAUACCGUAUCUAGCGCUAGGUUGAUAACCUGAUUAAACUCUCCACUCUUUCUAUACCAAAAUGAUUAUCACGCGCGGAAUUUCCCUUAUUAACUUCGGAGUCGCCUCGUCGGCACUCGCCUUCCAAGUCUUUGUCCUAUACCCGUGGCACAACCAGCUCGACGACGAGUUCAAGGCCCUCAAGCAGGAGCAUAUCCGAGUUUUGCAGAAGUUUGAACAGAAGGCGGUUCAAUAAAUGG